CAACCCUUAUGAAAUCCAGCCUAUAGAGUCCUGACUCCUCACCCAAUUCUAAAUGUGAAGUAUGGAAAAAAUUGGCAGCGGAGGUUCGUAUUUGCAGCGCUAUUUCACAAUUCAGACGAGGAAAUGCUACGGAAGCUGUGACAAACUACAACAACGUAUGUACGGCCGCGCGCGCACGCAAAUAUAUACACUCAAUCCUGCUGCUUCCUCCCUCUAUUCCCUGCACCGCUUUCGCUCUCUAAAGCCUCUCUGAUCGACUCCUCUUGCGGAUGGCCGGCCGUUCCACUUUGAAAUUAGGGCACCAAAGCUUUGUGAUCACCGCCGCUAACAAGAUGCGAUUUUCUUAGAGCUUAACGUUAAUUGAUUUUCUGCGAUUUUUUUCCACAGCCGAUUACGUGCUUUCUGGCUCGUCUAGGGUUUCGGAGUCUUAAUUGUUGCGCAUGAAGGGUCCGUUAGAUCGGACAAAGAUUGUGCUGCGGCACUUGCCGCCGGCGCUUACACAGUCCGCGCUGUUUGAGCAAAUCGAUUCUCGCUUCUCUGGUCGCUACAACUGGUCCUCCUUUCGUCCCGGCAAAACCAGCCAAAAGCAUCAAACUUAUUCAAGAGCAUAUAUUGACUUUAACACUCCUGAAGAUGUUAUUGAGUUUGCAGAGUUCUUCAGUGGACACGUCUUUGUUAAUGAAAAAGGGUCUCAGUUCAAAACUAUUGUUGAGUAUGCCCCUUCACAACGUGUUCCAAGGCAUUCGUCUAAGAAAGAUGGUCGUGAAGGGACUAUUUUGAAAGAUCCUGACUAUCUGGAGUUCCUAGAAUAUCUUGGGAAGCCUGUUGAGAAUCUUCCUAGUGCAGAGAUUCAGUUGGAGAGGAAGGAAGCUGAACGUGCAGGUGCUCCUAAAGAUGCUCCUAUAAUUACUCCCUUAAUGGAUUAUGUGCGUCAGAAACGAGCUGCAAAGAGUGGGGCUCGGAGGGUUCCCAAUGGAAAAUCAUUCAGAAGGGUUGGAGGAACAUCAGCAGGAAGCCCCAGCUCCAUUGCAUCUAAACGGGGAUCAGAAAGGAGGAGGAAUUCUACAAAAAUGUAUGUUCAACGGGACAGUUCCAAGUUUGAAAGUCCGAAGGACAGAGCAUACAUUCUGGUCCGUAAACAUGAUGACAAACAACUCUUUGACAAAUCUGGUACUUCAGUGUCUGCAGCUCAAGAGGAAGGAGGUCCUGUAUUAGAUGAUAGCGGGAAGAAGAGAAUCUUACUCUUGAAGGGAAAAGAAAAAGAAAUUCCUAAUGUUCCAUUUGCUCCAUCAGUACAGCAAAGUGUUGCACCUCUUGUCAAGAAUUCAGUUAGUUCAUAUGCUUCUAGGCCAAACCAGCGACGUGAGGCCAGUGGAAGGAUCAUCAGAAGUAUACUUCUCAAGGAUGCUCGCCAGAAUCAGUCACCAUCUGCCUCUCUAACUGAACCACAAAUCCAAGACAAUGAUAAAAGACCUCCUAGGGCACCUCAGAGUACGCAAUUGUCUCAAAAGGAUUGUAAUGGGUCACCUGUGGAUAAGUUUGCAGGUAGCGAUUCACACAAUGUCCACAUGGAAAGACGUACACGGAGUAGGGAUAGGCCAGAUCGUGGUGUUUGGACUCCACUUCGACGUCACGAUCAUUCACAAGCAAAUGAAGAAUAUUCACCAUCAUCUGCCUCUCAAUCUACUCAAGUUCAAGAUUUUUCUGGAGGAAGUUCUAUGGAAGCAAAAAGUGAUGGGCAUGGACUAAGCACACGUAGUGGGGAGUUCAAAAACACAGGUGGACGAAGUUCUCAUUCUGUUGAUAAUAAUGGUACAUACAGAUAUGCUGGUCGCCGUGGUCCAGCACAUAACACAAAGGACACUGACAACACUGUGUAUGGGGAAGGGAGACCCUCAAGAAGAGGAGGCCCUGGAUAUGUUGCCCAUGAGAAGCAAGUGUGGGUCCAAAAGUCAAGUUCCGGUUCUUAAGUCUGUUAAUUGCAUGAAACGCCUGAUUGCGUACCAUACCAAACUAAUGAAUCUGCUGGGGGCUGUCCUCUCUUUUGUCUCUCUCUGAGUGGGGAAACGACUUUACUGAAAGACAAGGCUAUGGAAGACCUUCCAGUGGGAUUUUUGAAUUGCUACACCAAUGACGGUCCACGGAUAAGAAUGCCAUUUCGAUGACAAAUAACACCAGAGUUUUCCAACCCGUCGCCCACUACACUGAUUGACGGAACCGUGGAAAUCAUAGUUCUUGUCAUCUCUCAACCGGCGGUUAUAUGGAGAUAACUAUGGUUCCCGAGAAGUGGACUAUUCGUUGCCGUAAUGUAUAUACCAAAACAUUUGAUUGCUUGAAUUACUCUCUGCGGCCACUCCUAGUUUUUACAUACAUAAUAACUUAUACACAUAUAUGAUAUUAUUAAUUAAUAGCGUAUAUGUUAAAGCUAGGCUUGAGUUGAGUUGCUUGAUGUUUUGGAAGUGCAACGCUUAAUUAUUUGAUCUCUAUUUAGAACUGGUAUUUGAUCUUGGGAUAUCGAAUGUGAGUUUUUGGCAAGUAUUAUAUACUACGUAUAUUUUAAUCCUU